UACAAAUUAAAGAAAAUAUUGAAUUAAAUAUGUUUAACAUUAAUCCAUCUAAAUCAUCUUUAUUGGACACAAGUGAAAACAAUGUUAUAAGUGAUAUGGAUUUGGAUAAAAUAGCUCUUCAUCUCAUUACUCAACAAAGAUUUAGAGAAAAUAUUAUAAUUCCAAGAACUGUAGGUCCGGUACGAAUUAAAACUAAUGAAGAAAAAUUAAUAGAAAGUGCAAUGGAAAGUUGUAUCUUUAAAAGUAUCGCAAGUUGUGUCAUAGGAUAUGGCUUGGGAGCUGCUAUAGGUUUAUUUUCAUCUAGUGUAAAUCCAAAUGUGGCCAGUGUUGAAAAACAACAAACUGUCCGUGAAGUAUUUAGAGAAAUGAAAAUUACAACAUUGGGUUAUGCAAAAAAUUUUGCAGUAGUUGGUUGUGUAUAUUCAGCUAUUGAAUGUGCAAUAGAAUCGUAUAGAGGAAAAACUGAUUGGAAAAAUGGUACAUAUGCUGGUGGCUUAACAGGUGGAAUAAUAGGAUUAAGAGCUGGUAUAAAAGCAGGUUUAAUUGGAGCAGCAGGUUUUGCAGCUUUUUCAACAGUAAUAGAUUAUUAUAUGCAUAAAUCUUGAACAAUGUCACAUAUUAUUAGAUAUAUAUUUAUACAAAAAAAA